ACAUUGGUGUACGGCAGUGUCGAGAUCAAGAUCGCCAAGGUUAUCGCCAAGAUCCAGAUCGCCCUUCUUGUCUCCUCGAAGAGGAUCACCUCGCUUGCGUUCGCCGAAGAAUUGUUGUGACUUUUGCGUGACAUCGGUGUACGGCAGAAAAUGGAUUCCGAAACAAUACUACUAGCCAUUUUCUGUUUUGUAAAUAAAUUUAAACGAAGUUACAGUAGUUUUCGUCGACAAGAAUUGCGACGUAAAAUAUUGUUAUUGUAUGCACUGUACGUAAUUGCGAUAGACGAAGAAUCUAAAAAAGAACGACAAUAUUGGGUGCGUCCUAUAUUUACCGUACAACGGCGAUUAUUACAAGGAGCGAGUGAUAAUCUCGUAAUUGAAAUGGAGACUGCAGACAAACAAAAAUUUGUCAAUUAUUUCCGAAUGGAUCCCAUCUUAUUUCAAGAACUACUCAAAUUAGUCGGCCCAUCGAUUGUGAAACAAUAUGUUGUUCGAGAGCCAAUUCCUCCUGAAACACGUCUGCAAAUUACACUUCGAUAUUUAGCAUCAGGAGACAGCAUGGCAUCGAUCUCAUAUGCCUAUCAAAUUGGCCAUAAUACUGCAUCAAAGAUAAUAUCAGAGACCUGCGAGGCAAUAUGGAAUGCUUUGAAGGAGACAUAUUUUACUGAUGACAGUCCAGAGAAUUGGCAGGAAAUUGCCAACGAAUUUCAGCGACUUUGGAACUAUCCAAACUGUAUAGGAUGUAUUGAUGGAAAGCACGUUACAUUGCAGGGUCCGGCAAAUAGUGGCUCGACGCAUUUCAAUUACAAAGGACACCACAGCAUCAAUCUGUUAGCGAUCAGCGAUGCAAAAUAUCGAUUUACUAUGGUCGAUAUCGGUGCGGAAGGUAGACAUAGUGAUGGAGGAGUUUUUAAAAAUAGUGAAAUGGGAAAACGUUUCGAAGAAGGUAUAUUCAAGCUGCCAAAUACGAAGCCUAUCGAAAUUGAUGGACCACCACUGCCUUAUGUGUUGCUAGCGGAUGAGGCUUUUCCACUGACAACGUACAUGAUGAGACCGUAUCCGCGAAGUGGCAAGCUAGAUCUCAGGAAGAAAGUUUUUAAUUACAGGCUCAGUCGAGCAAGACGUGUUGUAGAGAGCGCUUUCGGGAUUCUAGCAGCAAGAUGGAGAAUUUAUAGAAAACCCAUAAUUGCAAGUGUUGCAAAUGCGAGAAAAAUUGUGCAAGCAACAGUAGCACUUCAUAACUUUAUUAUCAGUAAUGAGGAAACAUUACUUUCCAAGAGUACAUAUGUGUGUUUAACACCUGAAGAGCGCAAUUUAAUUUCUCAAGGAUUUAGCUCGUUGCCAGUUACUAGAGGCAGACAAUUGAACAAUGGUAUCGAAAUUCAAAAUGCUUAUUCAAAUUUUUUUAUUGGUACUGGUGCAUUAUCAUUUCAGUGGGAGAGGGCAAUGAAUAAUGAUUUUUAAUAAAGUCAGGGAUUAUGCGGUGAUAAAUAAAUAUGUACGUUUAUGCAACAACCGCCGUGACGGAGUUGCGGGGGUGCAAAUAUAUACGUCGUUGUGCGUUGUAGCGACCGAAGUCAAAUCGUGUUCCGAGGGGAUCGCGGGUCGAAUCUUUAUCCCUACUCCGAGUCAAAUACGCCGGUGAUCUUUGAGCUUUGCCCUCUUCCCCCCAUUCGAAGAGUAUAAUCAUUUAUACUCUCGUGUCUAAAACUUGUUUUCGCAAUUAAUUAUUAAUUAAAUUUAUA